AUGCAUCAACAAUCUCGACAUCCUCCCCGGCUGUCCUCCCCCGCUUCCUCUCCACAAACAAAUCCCACACGAACAAACAACCCAAGAGAAGCUAUCAAUGCCUCGACUAGGGCACGAUCGGCCUCCGAAGCUGCUCCCCAUGAAGGGGCAGCUAUGACAGACAGCGGCGAGGCUGUGGGCGGAGGUCCUAGCAAGGAGGCCGUUAAGAAGUUGGACCAGAUCAUUCAGAAUUUCUACUAUAAAGCUGCAGUGCUCAUAUUACAGUCCCGAAUGAUAUCGACCUCGUCGAGCGGGAAGGGCCCGGAAGGCAGGAAGACAAACAAAUGGUUCCAAAUCGAGACAGAGGACAUGGACGACUUCCGACAAGAACUCAAAGUCUGGAAGUCUGCGUCGAGCGCCGACAGCCACCCACAGCCCAUGAUCAUUGAGACGUACCUUGACGCAUCCCGGCUCUCCAACAGCCAGAGCCUGGUCAUUGUGGAUGACAACGGGAAGACAUGGGAUGCGCUGGAGGCAUUGAACUCGUCCGAGUCGUCAACGGAUGGGAGCAGCCCGGGGAGAAUACAGAGGAAUGAUGCCGAGGUUGUCCUGGAACGGUGGCGCGUUGAACUCAAGCCCAUUCCGGCGGACGGCCCGGAAGACUUCGGCCCAACGCUUCCUACCAUAUACAAGCGAAGCAUAGUCUUCUUCAGGUCGCUGUACUCUGCCACCCGGAUCCUGCCUUGCUGGAGGCACUCGCGACAACAGGCCACGGCAAAGGGUCUGCAUCCGGCGCUAAAAGUGAAGUGCCGGUUCUUGAUGGGCGACCCAGACUUUGGCGACCGUGAUCCCCUGCGUCAGCCUCUCUACGAUAGCGGGAAGGUCGUGAGUGAGUACAUGAUUGGAGACCUGGAGGUCCCCGUGGGGCGCUUUUACACCUCGGUCACGUAUCGCAAAGAUUGCAACUUCAGGGUGGAGGAUUCCGAGUCAUUACUGUCCUCCCGGUUUAUGGGUGUUGAUGAGAAUUCCUUCAAGCCGUCAAUUCCACAGCGUGGUGAGCAUAGAAGAAGAGGUUCAUACGCAGAGCUCGCCUCCCUGCCGUCCCAUAGGCUUGGCGGCGGCCCACGGGAGCCGCAGCAGACAUACGGCAGCCUGUCAACCUUUCACGGCGACGGGGCCCUCGGAACCAGUCCCAUAUCAGCAUUACGAGCUGUGCGGCCGAUAGGAUCGGAUACCAGUUCCCCUCCUGGCUCCGUCCCCGCGAGCGUCGAGCCGGACCCGCCACAUUCCUUACCGAUCCGGCCUCAGUCGUCCGCAAACCGGCCUUCUUUCCGCAACUUUGAGGGAACGGGGAGGCGGCCAUCCGUUUCGUUCCAGCCAUUCAAGGCCGGUUCCCUGUCUGGGUCGCCAAGGAUAAACGACGGGGAACCUCCCCCUAUUUCUCCCCACUCGCUGAACCGUGGAUCUCUUGGCGGUAUCUCUCAAGCGAGGAACAACCGCUCGUCACUGACUGCGGGCAUGGCCGCCUCCCUGCGCGGCGGACCGCCUCCUGCGGCCGUAGACUCUCCCGUUGUCGGGUCUCCCAAGCCCGGCACGAGUCGUUACAGCAGCAGCUUUACCCACCGACGUGGACGUCUGUCGUUCGGUGGUCAGAGUAAGGCUACCGACGACGAUCAGGUCAGUAGCGGGAAGCAGAGCCUUUCGUCGUCCGCCCAACCGGGCUCAGGUCUCCUCGCCGAGGCUGGAGGGGCGAGCUCAGGGUCAUUACACACCGAUGAUGACAACAUUUCCGACUUCCUCAAAGCGCUGGAUAGUAGGAAAACGUUGCAGAGCUUUGAGCCCAAUAAGAAAGGCGAGUCGUCUGCGGCCAAGAGGACUGCUGCACAGCUCUCAAAAUUCCAUCUAAUGCGGGAAUCGCAUAACGCGUUGACCGAAUCAAUGACAUCCUCCAUGCACUUGCACCGCUCGUCGAGUUCUUCGAGUCGCCAGCUUGCGAAUGUACCGAGCAUGGUAAAUCCGGCCUCAAUGUCAGCCUCCUCAUCUCCCAGCAAGCCGCUCUCUCCCCACACACCAUACACCCCGGCGAUACCUUCGCGCCUAAGCGAGAAUUCAAUCGUCGUCAACCCGCGUAGCUACGCACAUGAAGGCCGCCGGCCGACUCAGAACCCCGAGAUUGCCGCGACCGAGGUCGAGAUUCCGGACGAUGCGCCAAUGAGCCAGGAAGGCACCACCGCAAUCGACAUUCCGCUCUCACCCCGCCUCUUGCAUACGGGGGGGAAUAACCGACGUGCGAGCUCGGUGGCGCACCAGCAACGAGCAUCCGAGGAAGAGGACGCCGACCUCGUCCAGCGGAGCAUCAGCCUCGGAGGCGAGGACCGAGAAGCACCGACGCUCAGCACCCUCCUCGCGCUACAGCGGGCGUCUGGCAGCAACUCGGGCGGCUCUCCCAGCCUGCAGCCGGCGGCCGACAUACGGGCCUCGGGCCCAUCGUCGCCGCCCGCCGACCGGGAGCAGAAGGCGGCGUCCCCUGGCGGCCUACGGCUGCGCUACGCCGGCCUGGGGCGGCCCACCCCGCCGCACUCGUCCAGGGGGAGCUUCUCCGGCGGUCGGUACGGCGGGAGCUCGGUUCGCGGGGCCGGCGAGGACGGCGCCGACGACGAGCCGCUCGUCUUCGCCAUGUCGGAGCUGGAGCGGGACUCGCGGCGCAGCCUGGAGGAGGGACGGGGUGGCCUGGGCCAGCGGCCCGGUAGCGCGGAGCGGGGAGGGUUCGAGCCGAGGGGGGCCUCGAGGCGGGGUUGGUGA